AUGUCAGCGGAACAGGAGAAGGACCCCAUCGCGCUGAAGAGAUCCCGAGGUGGUGACAGUGGAUUGGAUGGGUUAGGAGGACCAGGAGUUCAGCUUGGAAGCCCUGAUAAGAAAAAGCGCAAAGCAAAUACACAGGGGUCGUCAUUUCCUCCUCCAUCCGAAUAUGCUCCACCACCGAACCCAAGCUCUGACCACCUUGUAGCUGCAAAUCCGUUUGAUGACAACUAUAAUACUGUGUCUUAUAAACCACUUCCUUCAGGAAAUCCAUAUUUUAGUAAUCCUGGUUAUCCUGGCUUUGGAGGCUAUAACACUUUCAGAAUGCCGCCUCACAUGCUGCCCAGAGUGUCCUCACCAUAUGGUGGUUCUUACUCCCUCAGAAACCAACCACAUCCUCUUCCUCAAAACCCUGUUGGCAUGGGUUUUAGUCGACCCCACUCCUUCAGCUUUGGUCCACAUGAUAAUCCAGGUUUUGGGAAUCAGCCACCUUAUAGCAGUGGUCAGAUAAAUCAAAACAUCAAUAUGCCUGCUCAGCAUUUCAGGCCAAAUCCUGGGGAGAACUUUGGCCAUUCUGGUCAGAUACCUCACCCUGAUGUGCCAACUAACUUCGGUCCUGGAAACAAUCCAAAUUUUCCAAAUUCUCAGCUAGAGUCAAACCAUUCUUUUGUUCCUCCACCAAACACAUACAACCAGACAAAAUCAUCAGCACAAAAGCAAGACUUUAGUCAAGGUGCAAGCAAAGCAUCCAGCCAGAACACUGCUGCUCAUCAGCAUCAUCACAGGACAGAGGAUGUUGUGAGUCAAGGUAACAGUGACCUGAAAAAUGUUACUCGAAACAAUGUGGUAAAUCAGGAAAACAGCCAUUCUAAUAGUGCUGAUAACACCAGUGCUGGCCACUCAAAUGGGACUCAGAGCAAGUCCCGCCAGCCUCGAGGUCCUGCUGAAGGAUGCAACUCUGAAAAGAGCAGCAAAACACCCCUCCAUCCCAGUCGUCAUGGACACUCGUCCUCUGAACCCGUCUACCCAUGUGGAAUUUGUACACAUGAAGUCAAUGAUGACCAGGAUGCCAUCCUGUGUGAAGCCUCUUGUCAAAAGUGGUUCCAUCGGGUCUGUACAGGCAUGACAGAGUCAGCCUACGGCCUUCUCACGGCAGAGGCGUCGGCGGUGUGGGGCUGUGACACUUGCAUGGCUGACAAGGAUGUGCAGUUAAUGCGCACGAGAGACACUGCAGGACCGCCUGCACUGAACACAGAAGGCUGA